AUGGGCACGCUAGAGCGAACCGGGUACAUGACGCCCCAGCAUAUGCUCUUGAUCGAUACUAUUCUUACUAUGCCCGGUUCUACUAUCGAGAAGGAAUAUCAGCGUCGGAUCUCCGCGAUCAAUGCCGUUAUCGCUUUCUGUGACGUGGAAAAGGGGACGGCCUACUAG